GUUAUAUGCUCUGCGUUCCUGCAUGCAAAAAGUACCGUUGGAGAGGUGCGGCAAGUGACGUACGGAGCUUGGCGGACCCUGAGAUUCGUCGACCAGGCAAGCGGAUUUAUUCCGACGCAUCUUACUCGAACCGUGAAAGGCGCGCUAGGACGACCCGAUUUCUUCCACUGUCCACAACACCAGCCUUUGUUAUAAUCACACUACUUCUCACCCCCCGCGAACUACGGCUGCCGUUCCUUCGCUACCGCCCCGACUUGUCACCACACAAAUAUCCGAACACUGCCCACACCACCUCACCCACAGUACACACCCCUACCUUUGAACCACAAUGAACCUCGCCGCCUCUUCGCAUCACCGCAAGACGCUCCCAACAUGUGUCCUGUAACCAGCCGGUAACAGCGAGGUACGUUCCUGCUCUUCCAUUCGCGCUGCACCUUUUGUCACCCUCGCCCCGUGAACAGCCCCGACAAUUCCAAAGCGUGCCCUUCCAUUCGCCGCUGCGCACACGACCACUCCAUCCGUGGUUCACAGCGCGAUUGCCUACCGAGCACCCCUCAAAAGCGAGCCUCAAAAGCGAACCUCAAAAGCGAGCCAGUUACCGCGCGUGAUCAAAUCUAACAGUGAAAAAGGCUGCCCGCGUCGGCUUCUGCCCCCGUGUCUCCUGUCUUCGAACGACUUCACAUCCAGGACACUCGCACCUACUACCGAGCA